AUGAAGAAGAGGAGGUACUUCACGAGUGAACCACCCCCGGACCAUUUAAAUUAUGUGAACACCAAGGACACGUCAAGCGAAAACUGCAACGACUGUUUGGACCAAAAUGAACAAGAUAUAUUCGCUUCGUACCUUCCAAGGGUCAAUCAGAACAUAUAUUUUCCCAAAAGUUUGCGUGAACACAUGAUUAUCGAGUACACGGCUAUGUUUGCAAAUUCGGAAGGCGACAUCGCAGAGUUCUACCUCAAACUAAACAAUGAUGUCCUGAUAAACUUCCCUUUCCUGCAUGUAGACCACCCGCUCCAUGGGUACUACGAACUCGUUAAGGAGAAUACAAAGAGGAGGCUAAUUGAUGACCACCCCAAUUCCAUUCCCACGGUUUUACAUCGUCUGUUUAGACAUGUGCGUAAACUUGAAAAAGACAAAGUCACUAGCAACGAAGUCAAAGAUAACAUGCUAAGGGAAAAACAAAAAAUUAAUAUUAAAGAUGCAAAUGAUAUGAAAGCUAAACUUUCCGAAAGGGAAAAACGAAAAAAAAAAGAAAGAGAGGAUCAGUCCUACUCCUCGCUUUUUAUGAAAUACAUGGAAUCGGAUGAUGAGACAGAUGUAAAAGAGAUUGAAAAGGAAAAACCGAUUGGAACUGAAGACUUACUCGAAAUGGACAAUCUGAUUAACCAAAUUGUUCAUUCCAAGAAGGAAUUGCCCAUAUAUUUUGCCCGACUUCUCAUGCGCUGUAUAGAAAAACUAAAGUACCUCCAAUACGGUUCCAAAGAAUAUGCCUACUUCUCGGAACGAAUAAUGCCUGACGAGAAUUUCCACAAUGGCGCAUUCCCAAACCUUACGUCUGCAGAUUUUCUAAGUCUUCUAUUCCUCCUGGAUGAGAAGAAUCUCGACCGAGAUAAAGCACCUGAGGGGGAUACCAAAGAAGAACCUGUAGCUGAGGGAAAGGACAAAAUCAAGACCAUACAGGAAUGUAGAAGGGAACGCGCUAAAAUGAUACUCCAAGAAUUUAAAAAGGAGUAG